AUGGGUAGGAGGCGGGGGAAUGUAAGGAGUGUAGAAAGAGUUUCACUGAUAUUGGAAAACUUAGAAUACAUCAGCAGAUUAACAUGGGCAAGAAAGGAUUCAAAUGCAUGCAGUGUGGGAAGAACUUCAGUCAGAGUGGAUCCCUCAAUAUACAUCAACGUAUUCACACAGGAGAGAAACCAUACAAAUGUAUGGAGUGCGGAAAGAGCUUUAGUCAGAGUGGACACCUCAAUUUACAUCACCAGACUCACACAGGGGAGAAACCAUUUAAAUGUAUGGAGUGUGGGAAGAACUUCAGUCAGAGGGGAUCCCUCAAUAUACAUCAACGUAUUCACACAGGAGAGAAACCAUACAAAUGUAUGGAGAGUGGAAAGAGCUUUAGUCAGAGUGGACACCUCAAUUUACAUCACCAGACUCACACAGGGGAGAAACCAUUUAAAUGUAUGGAGUGCGGAAAGAACUUCAGUCAGAGGGGAUACUUUACAUCAACGGACUCAUACAGGCGAGAAACCAUUUAAAUGCAUGGAGUGUGGAAAGAGCUUUAGUGAUAUUAGAAACUGUAGAAAACAUCAACAGACUCACACAGGGGAGAAACCAUUUAAAUGCAUGGAGUGUGGAAAGAGCUUCAGUUUCAAUGCAGAACUUAGAAGACAUCAACGGACUCACAGAAGAGAGAAACCAUUUAAAUGUAUUGAGUGUGGAAAGAGCUUCGGUUUCAAUGCAGAACUUAGAAGACAUCAACGGACUCACAGAGGGGAGAAACCAUUUAAAUGUAUGGAGUGUGGAAAGAGCUUCAGUUUCAAUGCAGAACUUAGAAGACAUCAACGGACUCACAGAGGAGAGAAACCAUUUAAAUGUAUGGAGUGCGGAAAGAGCUUUAGUGAUAAUGCACACCUUAGAAAACAUCAACAGACUCACAGAGGGGAGAAACCAUAUAAAUAUAUGGAGUGCGGAAAGAGCUUCAGUCUGAGUGGACACCUCAAUAUUCAUCUACAGACUCACACAGGGGAGAAACUGUAUAAAUGUAUAGAGUGUGGAAAGAGCUUUUGUGAAACUGGAAAGCUUAGAAGACAUCAACGGACUCACACAGGGGAGAAACCAUUUAUAUGUAUGGAGUGUGGAAAGAGCUUUUGUGAAACUGGAAAUCUUAGAAGACAUCAACGGACUCACACAGGGGAGAAACCAUAUGAAUGUAUGGAGUGCGGAAAGAGUUUCAGUCAGAAUGGAGACCUUAGAUUACACCAGCGGACUCACACAGGGGAGAAACCAUUUAAAUGCAUGGAGUGCGGACAAAGCUUCAGCCAUAGUGGAAAUCUUAGAAAACAUCAGCAGACCCACAUCAGAAAAGCCAGUUAAAUGUUUGGCCUCUGGAAGGAGCUUCAGUCACAGUAGACUCCUUGAUUUACAUUAACAAACUCACAUAAGAGACAAACCAUAUAAUUGUCAGGAAGUUAGAUAGAGGUGGAGGUCCAGUACUUGUGGAAGUUCUAAAUCAACAGACUCAUGCCCAGGUUGAACUUUAAGAGUUAAAACCCUACAAACCAUCAACAGACAUGAGGAGAAGCAGUUUAAAUGGAAAGAUUACAGAAAGUGAUUUAAUUAUAAUGGAAUGUUUAAGAAACAUCUAGGGACUCUCACAAGGGAGAACCCAUUUAGAUGUAUGGAGUGUGGGACAUGUUCCUCUCAGAGUCCACUCUUCUUCCCAGCAAUGAUCUCCAAAGAAAUCCAUAUUCCUGCUUCAGGGCCAGCUGAGUCUGUUUCUCUUGUCCUUAUCUCUUAGCUAGGUAACUCCUGUCUAAUCUGCUCUGUAUCAGUGUCACUCCCUGCUUCUGAGACCACUGCAAAAGAGGAGGGUCAAUUCCCCCCCUCCAGCUCCCGGGAAAGCUGAUCUGCCUGAGAAUGCAUUCCUACAUACUCAGCUUCAGACCAUUCCCUGACGCAUUGCGAGAACCCUUGAAAAAGAAGUGAUUUGGCUCACCAUUGGAAGCUAAGACCCCUAAAAGGUUGAAUAUGAAAGAUACGUGGUUGAAGUAUAAUGCUAUUCUGAUGGAAGUAGGGGACCUUGUGAUCCGUUGAAAGAUAAAUUAGAUGAUAGGUUCCAGUACAUCCAGAUAAAUGAAGUGUUUAAAAUGGAUAAGAAAAUUGGUUUUCAAAGAGAGAAAUCAAAACUGGAAACGGAAUUAUUAGAUACAAAACCGAAAAACCUAUCUAAGAUGUAUAAUUUAUUGCUGGAAUGGCGUACAAAAGAUGUACAAGUGAAAUCUGUAACGAUUGAAUGGGCCAGGCAUGUGGGGCACAAUAUCAUGAUGGUGGAUUGGGAGAAAUUGUGGAAAAAGGAAUCAAAUUUACAGCUUGUAAUGUAUUAAGAGAAAAAUGGGUGAAAAUGAUGU